UCCAAGGAACUGGCUCCAGUAGACGGUUGUCAACAGGCUGCGCGAGAAAGCGAGUCGUUGACACAACUCUGUACGUGGACCUGAUGACAUAAACGUGAUUGUGCCUUAAUCUUUGGACUCAUGUUAAAGUUUGUUUUUGUUCGGUGUAAAUGAAGACCCUUACACACGCGUGUUUCUCGGAGGCCCACUGAGCACCUCGGACAUGUGAAACUUGAUUCUGCUGUAGGCAGAUGCAAGUCCCUGGCUGGAUUGAAUGGCAACGAGGAUACAAGACUGACUCAGUGGGAGAACUGAAAUGACCAGCCAGCAUCCCAGCCAUGCAGAGAGCUCUCAAUCCACAGAUAAACAGCAGCCACCUGCUGUGGCCCCCAAGCUUCAUGUCCAGCGGUCGCUGUCAAAGGACUCUAUUACCAUCCACUUCUCAGCUCUUGGGAAAGAGGAAGAGGAGGAGGAAGAGGAGCUUUACACUACAACUGUCUCCACUUCCUCAGCUGCUCGGUGUGAUUCAAAUAUUGUAACGGCCUUAGAAGCCAGUGAGGAAAUGUUUGUAGGAGUGCCUCUGAGCUCAGCAGCUGGGGUUGGUGCUGUCACUGAAUCACCCAAACAGUCUCAGGGUUCUAGAGAUCACACAAACCGUUACCCCACACAAACCCCGUCUUCACAUAUUUCUGAGCAAAAAGCCUUAACUAACAAUUCUCCUCCCACAAAGUCUCUGAGCUUUCCCUCCAGCGAUAAACCUUUUCUAAGUCUGGUAAAGUCGUUGUCCUCCGAUGUCGAGUCCCGCGAUGUGGUGGCUUCUGCUCCGACUUCCUCAUUAAGACACAGGCAUCUCAUGAAGAAUCUCGUCAAAUCUUUAUCCUCUGAUACAUCCCAGGACUCAGCUUCCUCGUCCACAUCCUACCGUCUUCCAGAAUCUCGCCUUAACCUGCAGCUCUUCAAGCAGUUCGCACAGUCCCGCUUGCCAUCUGCUGCCAUGACAUCAGCUAAUGAUUCGAAAACUGCCCCCUCUUCACCGUUAACCUCCUCAGAUAACCGGAGCUUCUUCAAGGUCUCAGAAGUCGAGGCUCGAAUUGAAGACACCAAACGGCGUCUCUCAGAAGCCAUUGCCGAGCCGCUUCAGAUACUGAGUAAGAUUAUGGAUGAAAAGAGCAGCAGCUUGGUUGGCAGCAGCAUUUACAGACCCAAGGUGCUCUCUGCAAGUGCCACAGAACUUUCAAACAUGACCUCUGUCAAUGGUCACCUGGAGAGCAACAACAAUUACUGCAUCAAAGAGGAAGACGGAUGUGAGCUGGAGGCUGAAAGCCCGAAUAGCUGGACCUCUGUUACGGCUGAAUCACCUGGUGACCCCUCCGCUGACAACAGGAGCCCCAGCAAAUCAUCUUUACUUUCUAUGUCUACUCUUGCUAAACAGGAGGAUGAGGACUUUUGCAUUCUGUACAGCGAGGACUUUGAGACUUGCACGGACACAGACGGUGGUGGGGUUGAUGGAAUGAACAAUACUGGAACUGCUAGUGAAGAGCUGCUAAGUGAUUGCUCUGACCCAAACAGCGACGAUGAAUGUGAAGGAACCAGGCCAGCACCUGAUGUUCCACACUACACGCUCACGGUCCUUACUCUUCUGGUCUAUGGGUGUUUUGUUUUACCUUUGCCAACUUACAUUGGAGGAAUGUUGUUUGGGAUCGGGCUGGGUUUUCUUCUAGCCAUCGGUGCUGUAUGGCUGACAGGACCAAAGCGUUCUGGAGCUGAUGGAAGACAUUCUAGGAACCGUGAGAAGCAGUUGAAUAUGACCAGGUUGGAAAUUAAAGAACCAGAAAUCUAUAGGGGCUGGAUGAAUGAGAUCCUGAACUAUGACCCUGAGACAUACCACGCCACACUGACAAACUCUGUGUAUGUCCGCUUGGAGGGUUCUGUCAUCCGGCUGUCUAAACCCAACCACAACAUUGCCCGCCGUGCAGCACACAAUGAACCAAAGCCUGAUGUGACCUACAUCAGUCAGAAGAUCUAUGACCUGACCAACAGCAAAGUAUAUUUAGUGCCUCAGAACCUUGCCAGGAAGCGAAUAUGGAACAAAAAAUAUCCCAUCUGCAUUGAACUUUGCAAACAAGAUGACUUCAUGUCAAAAGCAGAAGGGAACCACUUAGAGGCCAGCGAGGCCAUGAGCUCAGAGGACAUUGGAGAGGGAACUAGAAGAGCAUCAUUCUCCUCCAGCAGAGAUCUGACCAUCUACUUGUUUGGGAGGACUGGGAGGGAGAAGGAGGAAUGGUUCCAAAGAUUUCUGUCAGCCUCUAAUGUAAAAGUGGACUUAAAAAAAGCUCCCUGUGUUAGCAGCAAGAAAGCCUUAAGCUCCAACAGCCGCAGCAGCAGCCGUAACAGCCUGGAUGAGGUGUUUGCAUCUCAGUCCAGGUCAAAGGACUCAGCAGCCCCUUCUUCCACAUCAGGAGGCAGCACCAAAACCAAGUCUCUGUUAGACUACAAUGUCUACAUGGGCUCCUUACUGCCAAAACAGCUGGCAGUCAGCCCCACAGCUGGUAGCCCUGCUCUCCAGAAUCUACAGAGCAGCCCAGGGCCUGAUAAGAAGCUCCAGAACACCACUUCAGCUCAGGUGCAGCCCAAGGAAGAGGAGGAUGCUGUUGCCUGGGUAAACGCAGCUGUCGGUCGAGUCGCCUGGGACUUCUUGAUGGAGCCGUACUGGGCUGACCUGGUCUCCAAAAAGAUUCAGAUGAAGCUCAGCAAGAUAAGGUUGCCUUACUUCAUGAAUGAGCUAACCCUGACAGAACUGGACAUGGGAUCAGCCACUCCCCGAAUCCUCAGGGCUUCCACUCCUUAUAUCGACUAUCGAGGUCUGUGGUUUGACCUGGAGAUUUCCUACAGCGGCUCCUUCCUGAUGACCCUGGAAACCAAGAUGAUUCUCAAUCGACUUGGGAAGGAGGGAGAGGGGGAAUUGGGCAAAGAAGGAUACAGGCCACGAACUUACUGCCUGGCUGAUAGUGAUGAAGAGUCAUCUAGCGCUGGUUCGUCGGAUGAGGAAGACUCUUCUGAGCUCUCAAAUGAUUCCACUGGAGCAGACGGUUUGGUGGGAGGACAUAAACCAAGCAAGAUCAUGCGCUUUGUGGACAAGAUAACAAAGUCCAAAUACUUCCAGAAGGCUACAGAGACAGAGUUCAUUAAAAAGAAGAUGGAGGAGGUGUCCAACACUCCCCUCCUGCUCACUGUGGAGCUUCAGCAACUCCGUGGAACGCUGGCCGUCAACAUACCUCCUCCUCCCACUGACAGGAUCUGGUACGGUUUCAGGACUCCACCGCGCCUGGAACUGAAAGCACGGCCUAAACUUGGAGAAAGAGAAGUCACUCUGGCUCAUGUUACCGACUGGAUAGAGAAAAAACUGAACCAGGAAUUCCAGAAAAUCCUUGUGAUGCCAAACAUGGAUGAUGUGUGGCUGACCAUCAUGCAUUCCGCCAUGGACCCGCGCACAGCUGGCGGACCUGUAGUGGGCCCCUCAGUGGAACCAGAGCCCUCCUAGGGUGGGAGAGACACCACCAAUCAGCCUUGAAGAUUGUUUACAGUAUUGCCUAAAGCUUAUGAAGUCUCCAAAUGGGAACAAGAACCAAAGUCUUUAGGUCUGACACUAUUGUAACGCAAACACAUUCCCCUGGUGAGCGGCUUUCUCGCUCGCCAGAAAAGAAACUAUGAAUUUUUACAGGAACAAGAUAAAGUCGACCAAGUAGACACUAAAGACAAACUGUUGCUUGCUGCUAUGUUAAACAUUACUCUUCAGUGAUUUAAAAACUUAUUGAAGUACAACUGAAAUAUGAAGACGAGUCAGUGAAGGCAGGCUGAGUCAUAUUAGACUUGUUUGUAUGUUUUGUCCUAUGAACACAGUGAUGGGGAAGCAUUCACCUUGCAGCCUGUUGGAGCAUGGCCUAUCUGCUUGGUUUAGAGCUGUAGUUCCUGCAGUAAUAUUGCAAUGUUAGAUUUUUAUAGGGAUGCAGGUAAACAUUGUUUAUUUGCCAUGAAACAUCUUUUCUUUCUAAUCAGGUGUUAAUAAGCAGUAUUCUUCUGUGCUGUGACCAGACCUUGAACCCCCUGUUCAAUUGCCAAACCCCCUCCUCCCAUGCCACUAAUGUCAUUAUCCAUAUCUACAUAUAUGGAAAUGUUGCUCAAAAGCGAAGGAUGUAGUAAAUGUGUCAUUCACUAUGUAAAUUCCUUAUGCACAAACACCAUGAGUGCAAUGAUUGAAAUGCUGUGUAGGCUUGAGUUUGACCUUUUAUAAAGACUAUGUAUGUUUGCUAAGGAGUCUGAGGCCUCUAACAUCUAUGAAUGUACGUAUGGGUGUUUUUUUUUUUUGUUUAAUGAAAAUAGUUUAUACCUGGUCAUGUUUUGACUGGGAUAUGCAAAUGAUUGCACAACAUAUUCUUUUUUUCUUCCUACUUUUCUUUUAAAACAGUAAAAAAAAAACACUAUCCUGCAUUACAUCUCCAUCUCUUAUUACACUCAUGGAGUACAGGUGGUGUAUCUGUUCAUACAUCGCUCCUACUUAACCGUGUCAAUGUUGAUGAUAUUUGGAGUGAAUUUAGAUGAGCGACUUUAAACAGGACAGGGCUUGAAAAAUAAAUCUGCCAGCUAUGAUGCAAUGCAAGAGCAGUCACUUCACUGUCGUUACCAAUAUUUGGGUGGAGUUAAGGUAAAGCUGACAAUGUAUGGCUUUAGAUACUGGUUCCCAUAUCCCCCCAAAAUAGUCAUAUUUCUAACCAACCAAAGUCCCUUUAGAGUUGGAUUUCAUGUUUAAAGGUACACAUUUGCGUUGCUAAGCAUUGCAGGCUCAUAUUUGCAUUAUAAUACAUAUAUUGACCUUGUUUACAGGAGUUUUCCCCGUUUUCAGCUCAUGAAGCUCUGUAGCACAGCUGAUUUUUACUUUUCAUUUCUGCCUUAGUUCCUGUUUGUUUAAUAUGUUUGAAUGAUGUAAUGAUUAUGUAAAGUGGGUUCUUUUUUUCUAUUUCUUUUGGUAUAACCAGAAUGAAACAAGAUUUUUGAGGAUAUAUGAAGAUCAUGACAUGAUUUAUAUCUGUGAAAGAUGAAUGUCUUUCUGACAUUUACAUUUUAUUUUAAGGCCAAAUUCAGUGAUUGUGUUUCUGCCUUAUUUAUAGAGAAAAAUAAAUCAAUUAAUGACCA